GGUGUCGUAGUCAAUUAUGUAUGUCAACAAUAAAAGACGCCAAUAGAUUGCCAAAGUAAAUCUUCAUUAAAAGCAUGAGCAGCCAUCAUCGUAAGCACCUGGCCAACUACCUGGAAUCACAGAAAUCUGGCCAGCAAUCUAGCAAGAGUGCAUCUAGCAGCAAUGGCAAAAGUCCUGGGAAGUACAGUGUUCUGCCAGAUAUAUCAACUUUGAGUGUUUCGGUCAAAGCCAAGAAGUGCUCGGCUAUGAACCCCAGAUCUGCAUACUCCCAGACCCAGCCUAGGGUACUAACAAGAAAAUCUGGAAAAGCUGGAAUUCUUGACCUGCCAGAUGAGUUGCUGUUGACGAUAUUCAGUUAUCUCAGUGCUAUGGACCUGAUCUCAGCCUCGCAGGUCUGUUCUCGCUGGAACCCGGUAGCCAAUGACAAUGUCCUGUGGGCCUCAGUCUAUGAGACAUAUGGUGACAAAGGAGAAGCAAAGAAGGCAAAAGAUGACACCACAAACUACAAGAGGCAAUGUCUUAAAAGCUGUGUUCAGAUGAGGAAUCGCCAGUGUCAGCGACUUAUAAAGAAGAUUAACCCCUUCACUGGGUUGCCAAUAGAAACGGAGAAAGCUCUCAGGGUUGCAGGCGUGACUUUCCAGCUGUCCUUUGUGGAUAGAUCCGACAAGGAACGAGUCCUGGAGAGCAGAGAUGUGUUCGUCCAUCAGAUGUCGUUCACUGUUCGCUGGUAUGACCUUGAAAUGCCGGCACUGACCUCGCUUAAGGCGCUAAACUUCUACUCCGUGAAUCCUCUGUUCUUCACUGCUGUAGGGAAAGCGGUCUCAAAUGGACCCACCUCGAGGUCACUAUUAGUGCAUGUUGACCUGGCGUGGACCAAGUGGCUACAAUCCAACAAACCCGCUGGCUCAGAUGGCAUGGUCAACAUAUACAACCUACCAGAAGGCUUGGCUAUUGCCACAUGGAAGGAAGAUGGUGGUCUAGCGUUUGUCUGCCUUGGCCUGCACUUUAAUCAGCUGCUACAACGAUGUCUUCAGGGGUCCUCAGUCAGUCCAUUUGAUGUCAACAGACAUACUUUGAUUACGGAUGAUAUAGACUCUGCCUAUGGUUUACAUGACUACCAGUGUACGAUGGACAUCAGGACAGCUAGGCAGUCAAUAUGGAGUCAACAGUUCUCGAAUCUGUCAUGUAAAAAAGAGUCCAUAGGGGGUUCCCAGUUUGCCGUAUUUCCCCUGAUCAGAAAGGACCAUCACUGUGAUCAUGUGAUCCUGCAGAAGAGGCUCCAGUUUCCAUGGAAAACAGACGCCUUUAAGGGCAUUCUUGAGGACGUUGUUUGGAUGGACCUUGUUGUCUUGGAUGAAAGACAAGAACCAUUCUGGUGUAUAAGUUCACUAUGUGAGAUAGAAUGCAAAAAACUUGUGUCUAAUCAUGACUUUGAUUAUUCGGGCCAGGAUGCCUAUAUCAUGACCUAUAAAGAUGAUCGAGGAAAACUUGAAGCUCUAAUGAAUAAGACAGAUAAUGACCUUUACUUCAUGACCCAGUUAAACAUGAAACUCUCCCUGGACGCAAUCAACCAGUGGUUUGGAACAAGUUAUAGAUGAUCAAGGGGAAAGAUCAUCAACAAUAAAAAUUAUAAUCUGAGAAUCAAGUGCCUAAUGCUAUACAUGAUCAUAAAUUGCAAUUGCUUAGUCUGUUAUAAAACAGCCUCGUCAUAAAAACAUUAUUGAUUCCUGUCUUAGUCUUUAAAAUGGACCAGUUCACAUUUGUCUGAAACAGUGGCUAUUUUAAUUAUUUUAAUUAGGUCUCAAAAUAAUUUACUUUAUGUUUCAUAUUUUGGCAGGUUUCAUAUUAAUUAUUGCAUAGAAAUAAGUGCUUACAAUAAUGUAUUAGUCAAUAUCAGCUAAUAAGAAGCUGAUAAAUUGUGAACAAAAAGCAAUUUUAAAGUAAAAAUAAUAUAUUAAAAAGCAAAUAGACCUUUAAAAGUAAAUGGAUUUACUUGAUAUACUUUUGGAAUAUGAUCCCUGUAAUAAGCACAUUGAAAUGUUGAAGAAUAUAAAAGAUUGGACAGUUAUUUAGUUAAUAAAUGUUUAAAGAUUGUUACUCAUACCAAUUUACAUAUGGUAAAAUGAGCCAAUAGCAAAAAUUACUUUUAUUUACAUUUAAGUUAUUGACAUGUUGAAGAAAACUGACUCAAGGGUUUUCAUUGAAAAUGUGGUUAUUGAACACUGACUGUCAUCGCAUCCAAUUCAACUUAAAUCAAAUGUAAGUGGUUCCCAACAAAUUUACUUCUUUAUUAAACUAAUAAAUGAUGUCUUCAUUCUAGAAUGACUUUCAAGUAAGAUUAAAAGUGAUAUAAUAAUCUGCAUCAUAUUGUUUGCGUAGUUCUCGCAGUAAAUAGUAGAUCAAUGUAAGUUGAUAAAUUGAUACUAGAUGCUCUUUGGUCUGUAAAUGUGGAUGCACAUUGAUGUGAGUUAAAUUUCACGGCUGGCACAGUUCUAAUUAUUUUAAAUAGGUAUGCUGAAUUUAUAUGAGAUACAUACUUGUGUAUACUUGUUUCAAGUUCAGCAUAUGUUUUAAAAUAAACAUUAUUUUUUGUUGGUUAAUGUCAAAUAAAUUAUUAAAAUAAGUUUUGGAUUUUAUGGAAAAAUACUCAAGGUUAUAAUUACACCAUUUACAUAAAUAUCUUAAGUGUGUAACUGAUUCUGUCAAACUGCAUGGAAACAAAUGAUCAGAUACAGACCAAACAACCUCAAGUUUCGUAACAUGAAAUACAAGAGCAAAUUGCUUGAUGUAUGCUAGUGACAUCAAAGAAUAUUACUUUUCAUUGUUCAGUAUUUUUAAGUAAAAGGUAUCCAUUCCUUUUUAUAUGCCAGCUUCGAAUGAUUGACAUUUUGUGAGACAAGGGCAAUUUCCAGAAUCAGUCACUUAAAUGAAAACCAAACCAUUUUCUUUUCAUGUGCCUUAUAUAAAAUGUUUAAACACACAGUUAUAUUAAAUCCUUCAUUA